AUGUCUAUCUUCGGAAGCUCAAAUAAGAAUGCACGUGAAGCGCUGCGAAGCUUGGUUGGAGUCUCAACGUUUAUUCCGCCCGAUAAAUCAGCGCCACUGUCACCUAGUGGUCCAGCCGAAGGCAAGGCACCCAUUGGCAAUAGAUUCCAUGAUAUAGUUGACGAGCUAUAUGACGGGUUGAAGAGGAAUGACAAAUUUCUAUCUAGAGAGAAGCUUUAUGCCUUCCUCAGAGAUGUUCAACGCGAACUCUUUAUUAAAAAUCUCGACAAGGAGCAGUAUACAGCGGGAGAGUUCCGUCAUGUGUUGGUAGAAGGUUAUGGCGUCAAUGCAAUUGGGCCGCCUCCAGAGAAAGACCUCUCAAAACCUCUGACCAAUUACUUCAUCAACAGCAGCCAUAAUACAUAUCUGGAUGGCAACCAGCUCUCAUCGACCAGUACUCCAGAAGCUUACAGAAACGUUCUCUUGAGAGGUUGCCGCUGUAUCGAAAUUGACGUCUGGAAUGGAGACCCUGCUCCAAGUCGAGAAAGAUCAAAAUCGCCCCAUCGAGGCCACAGUAGAGGCCUGUCCAGGACGUCCCAGACCAAUGUAGCUAUUGCAAAUGCAUUGGAGAACGUGGAUCAUAAGGUCAAGGCGGCGGCGAACCAUCUUCUAGGGGAAAAGGCUUCUCUUCACUCCCGAAGCCCCAGCACGCAUAGCCGCACUAUGGUGGAAGAAGUGUCCCCAAGAAUAAGCAUCCUAAACUUGCCGGAUACGAAGCAGUCAACUGAUAAGCUAGAGGUAUCCCAGACACAUGCUCCGAGAUCUCCUCGACAUCAUAGUCCCCCAAGAGGCGAGCCAAUUGUGACCCAUGGACACACCCUGACCGUUCCCUGCGGAUUUAGAGAAGUUUGCAUAGCUGUUAAGGAGUCCGCGUUUGAAAACAACGACUUGCCAGUCAUUAUCAGUUUGGAAGUUCACGCCGAUCACGAACAACAAGAGGUCAUGGUGAAGAUCAUGAAAGAGGAGUGGCAAGACCUUCUUGUGACUGAAGCACACGAAGAUUUUGAUCCAAGGUUCCGCCUUCCGAAAUUGCAGGACCUGAAACGGAAAAUUCUGGUCAAGGUGAAGAAAGCUACCGUCACAAUGGAGCCAGUUAGCCCUCGAAAUACGGUGGACAGCACAACACCAGUUAUCUCUCAAACUACUUCGCAGACUACCUCGCAAGUCAUCGGAGACAGUAUGACACAAUUUCCUUCCCAAAGUACUUGGGGGGCAAGCACACCCGACCGUCUUCUCACAGCUCCAGCAGACUCGGAUACAAACUCAUCAGAAAACGACGUAUGCCAGAGCGGCCGACCAAUGCCUCCGGCAAAAUCCGCCUCCGCUCCAGCCGCCCCAAGUAUAUCCCACGACAAGUCUAACACGGGCCGCAUAUGCCAAAGCCUAGGUGAUUUGGCGGUAUACACGCGAAGUGAACACUUCAAGACCUUCGAAGCGAAGGAGGCAAAGCGGCCAGCUCACAUCUUCUCCAUUAGCGAGAAGCGUAUCUUGGAGCUGUAUCAGAGACACCAACGCGAUGUGUUCUUACACAACAAGAAUUAUUUCAUGAGAGCGUAUCCCGACAAGAUGCGAUGGGACAGUUCAAACCUUGACCCCAGCCUGUUUUGGAGACGCGGGGUACAAAUGGCUGCCAUGAACUGGCAAAACACAGAUACGGGCAUGAUGAUCAAUGAGGGCAUGUUUGCAGACGAGAAGGGCUGGGUUCUUAAACCGCCGGGAUACCAAAGCUCCGAUAAGUCGUCCGAAUCCCACGACGAUGCAACGCCCGGAUCUAGAUUAGAUCUCCGCCUCACCAUAUUCGCCGGUCAAAAUAUCCCCACGGAAAGCGACGAUUCGGGGGAUGAACCAAGAAGCGGAAGCGCCAUCCGUCCCUACGUCAAAGUCACACUUCAUGUAGAGAAAUCUGAAUUGGCCACUGGUAAGGAAAUAAGCGAAAGUAACUACAAGAAGCGAAUAGGUGCGGGAGCAACGAACAACCCCAAGUUCCCGGAAUCUAAAAGGCACCUCGAAUUUACUGGCAUAACCAAGGUCGUUCCUGAGCUCAGUUUCGUCCGUUUUCGAAUCGGUGACGACUCCCGCAUGAGCACAUCAGUAUUGGCAUGGGCUUGUAUUCGUCUCGACCGCCUCCGUUCGGGAUAUCGCUUCAUUCCGCUGAUGGAUCUGGAAGGCGCUCCUAUCCCCCGCGGUGCACUAUAUGUCAAAAUUGAGAAAUCACUCGUAUAG